AUGCCGCGCAAUAAGUCGCUGGCAGCCGCUGUUGCCUUAUCACCCUCCGACACUGGUCACAACCGAAACGGCGACGGCCACGUUCCAAACACUGACAACCAGACCGAUGCGCCACGCCGUUCCGCCCGCCGGCCCCAAGCUGCGCGCAGUCCAAGCUCCAAACGUGGUGCUGGUCUGCUACCCACUUCCCAAAACCAGAGCAAGGGAACCAGGAACACAAUGACCGCCGUUAGCAGUGACACAGAAGAGCAACGUGAGUUGAAGAUGGGCGAGGAAGGUGUCAACGAAGCCAUCGAAGAGCUGGCCAAGAUGGAGCGGCGCUUGAAGAGGGCUGUCAAGCGCCAGAAGAUUAAGCUAGAGGAGAGUUUCUGCGUGUCGCAGGGCAAUGACGCAGCGCAGAAGGGCUUGGGUCGAUUCCCGACCAAGAACGUGGAUGACUUCACCAACGAAAUGACUUCGGCGGAGCAUUUGCCCACCCCCGAACGUGAUGACAUGGAAGACAGCGAGUACGAGGACGAGCCAGGGGGGCCAUUACCUAAAGACGAGGAAGAUCUCCCGGAAAGCCUCCGGGUGGCCGAGCGGGGCGCGGCACGGCCUCCGGCUGUGAACUCUGACUACCUCCCUCUGCCAUGGAAAGGGCGUCUGGGAUAUGCCUGUCUGAAUACAUAUCUACGUAAUGCUCGACCGCCAGUCUUUAGCUCACGUACCUGCCGCAUGGCAUCCAUCAUCGAUCACCGCCACCCGCUGCAAGACCCUUCGCAACCGGAGCACACCACCAAGAACAGACCUGACAAGACGCAAAAGGCCAGCCACGACCGCGGCCAGGACUGGGUACAUGAACUUGGGCUCGCCAACGCGCGUGAUAUCGUCAAGAUGAUCAGAUGGAACGACAAAUACGGUAUCAAAUUUAUGCGGCUGAGCUCAGAGAUGUUUCCCUUCGCCAGCCACCACGAACAUGGCUACAAGCUUGCUCCUUUUGCAUCCCAAGUCCUUGCCGAGGCCGGAAAGGUGGCCGGGGAGCUUGGUCACCGACUGACUACGCACCCAGGCCAGUUCACCCAGCUUGGCUCGCCGCGUAAAGAGGUGGUUACAGCUGCCAUCAGAGACCUCGAAUAUCACGACGAGAUGUUGACUCUACUUCGGCUCCCACCGCAACAAGACCGUGACGCCGUCAUGAUUCUGCACAUGGGUGGUGUUUUCGGAGACAAGGCUGCCACGCUGGAUCGUUUCCGUGAGAACUAUGCCGGCCUGUCGCAAUCAAUCAAGAAUCGACUGGUAUUGGAGAACGACGAUGUCUCCUGGAGCGUCCACGACCUUUUGCCCGUGUGCGAAGAGCUCAACAUCCCCCUCGUCCUCGAUUACCACCACCACAAUAUUGUUUUCGAUGCCCAGUACGUGCGCGAGGGAACCAAGGAUAUAUCGGACCCGGCCCUCAUGUCUCGGAUUAUGGCGACAUGGCGACGCAAGGGCAUCACUCCCAAGAUGCACUAUUCGGAGCAGUGUCCUGGCGCCGUCACCCCUCGCGAUCGGCGCAAGCACCGGCCACGCGUGUUGACGCUGCCGCCGUGCCCCCCCGACGCCGACCUCAUGAUUGAGGCCAAGGACAAGGAGCAGGCGGUGUUUGAGCUGAUGCGCACAUUCAAGUUGCCGGGUCAUGAGCUUAUCCACGACGUUGUCCCGCACGAGAGGCCGGACGAGAACCGGCCCGAGAUCCGAAAGAAGAUCAAGAAAUCAGGUCGCAAGUCGAAGUCGGCCGCGGACGAGCUGAGCCACGAUGCCGAGUACCAGAUUGUUGACCCCGGGAUGGAGGUUACAGCCGACGAGUUUGGCAUGGGCGGCCCGGAAGGCAGGGUCUACUGGCCCGAGGGAUUCGAGGACUGGCUGAGGCCGAAGAAGAGGGAGGUCAAGAGGAAGGCGGAGAAGCUUGAUCCAGACGACAGCCUGGAGACGUAG